GAGUAAUGGCGCUGAGAGGACGUUAUUUUUAUCGCAUCUGCAGCGGGUAACGAUUUGGAAACGUGGAAGGAGCGAUGAACCGGCGGGUGGAUGAAGAGGCUUUCUAAACACCUGAUAUUACGAGGAGAGGAUUUGACUGAGUCUAUCGAUUCAACAGGAUCUGAAUAUAAUUGAUAUUUCAAUGUGGAAAGAGAAAUAUUUGUCUGUGAGACACGUUCUAACCCGAGUGUGUGUGUUUCAGUGAACUGACUGUGGAAAGAGCUUUAACCAGUUACGCAGCCUGAAGAAAACAUCGCACUAUUCAGUGGGGAGAAACCAUAAAUGUGUUCUGUGAGGACAAGGCUUCAACUCAUCAGCUAACCUGGAGAGACCCAAGGACACUGGUACCAUGGAGAAACCGUGGAAAUGUGGGGACUGUGGAAAAGGAUUUGGGUGCCCGUCUGUGUUGGAAAUUCAUCAACGCACUCACACUGGGGAGAGGCCAUUCACUUGCUCCAUGUGUGGGAAGGGAUUCACUCGAUUAACCUACCUCACUUCACACCAACUUGUUCACUUAGACAUGAGACCUUUUAAAUGUUCCAACUGUGAGAAGAGGUUUAAAAGCAAAAAUAAUCUGCUGGCACACCAGCGAGUUCACACUGGGGAGAAACCAUUCAACUGCUUGGAGUGUGGGAAGGGAUUCACUCGCUCAUCCCACCUGCUGAUGCACCAGUGCAUUCACACUGGGGAAAAACCAUUCAGCUGCUCUGAGUGUGGGAAGGGAUUCACUCAGUUAAGCACCCUCACUUCCCACCAACAUGUACACUCUGACAAAAUACUUUUCAUAUGUUCUGAAUGCGAGAAGUGCUUUAAAAGCAAAAAGUUUCUGCUGAGACACCAGCGUAUUCACACUGGGGAGAAACUGUUCAUCUGCUCCGAGUGUGGGAAGGGAUUCAACCGGUCAUCCAGCCUGCUGACACACCAGCGAGUUCACACUGGGGUGAAACCGUUCACAUGCUCCGAGUGUGGGAAGGGAUUCACUCAGCUCACCCACCUCACUUCACAUGAACGUGUUCACUCUGACACACGAUCUUUCAAAUGUUCCGACUGUGAGAAGAGCUUUAAAGGCAAAAUUGAUCUGCUAAGACACCAGCACACUCACACUGGAGAGAGGCCGUUCCCCUGCUCUGUGUGUGGUAAGGGAUUCACUCACCCAUCCCACCGGUUGACACACCAGCGCAUUCACAGUGGGGAGAGACCAUUCAUCUGCUCCGUGUGUGGUAAGAGAUUCACUCGUUUAUCCACCCUGCAGACACACGAGCGAGUUCACAAGUGACUCGAAGGGGUUGGAUUCUGCUGUUAUCGCUGCUGUUAAUCACAACCAGGACUGAACCAUGCUCAUUCUGACAGUUGGAGUUGGUUUCAGUUGAUAUUAAUAAUGCCUGUAACUGGGCUGGAGUUUAAUAUUCUGGA